AUGUCGCAGGUCAGUGUCGUCCAGUUCAACAACAUCCUGCAACAGACAGACAGACAGAUCAUCGUCCUGCGAAAACCUCCCGAAAUCCUGCCUCGACCUAAGGAGUUCCCUAAGCAGGACGUACUCAUCACGAACACCGCGAGGAAGAAGAAAUCCAAGGAGGCCAAGUCGCAGCCUCAACCGAUAGCGGUUGCCAGAAGGAACGCCAGAGAGAGAAACAGAGUGAAACAAGUGAACAACGGUUUCGCGACGUUACGUCAGCACAUCCCGAACUUUGUGGUGGCCGCGUUCGAGAAUACGCACGGCAGAGGUGCUAACAAGAAAUUUAGCAAAGUCGAAACGCUUCGUAUGGCUGUCGAGUAUAUACGCAGUCUGGAGGAGUUACUCAACAUGGACACCGAGCACGCAUCGGAACUAUCGUACCCGUCACCUUGCUCUUCAGUCUCGCCUAGUCACCCGCAAGGUACCCUCCUCUAUUCGUACCGAAUGUCGCCUUCGAUCGAGGACGAUGACGUGUCCUCGACAGCGACGCCUCCUCCAGACCAGUUCAUCAAACUGAACUCUGCCGACGGCUAUACGAUCAUCCCCGGCGAUCUCUACGAAGACCACGAGAAUCUGGAUCCGAUGAUCGUGAACGAAGAGCUCCUUUCCGAUCCAAACCUGUUGGACUUCAGCGAAACCUCGCAGGAUCUGAGUUACCUCAACUCAAUGCACGCCAGUGACUCGCUAUCUCCGGGAUUUUACAGCGAGAGCUCGGCGUCUCCGAACGCGGCGAAGAGUCCGGAUUCGGAGGUCAGGAUCAAGAGCGAGCAACAGGAGUUGCCGGUGUUGACGUUGAAGACUGAGAAUGGUAUGGAGGGGGGGAAGGAGAAUAUGGUUACGGUGAUGCAGUGGUGGGAGGGUCAGCCGCAUGACGAGGAAAGAUGCUCUUACAAUGAUCUCAGACUCUAAGGGAUGCAAUCAAGCUACCCUCGAGUGCGAAUCCUAGUGCCUUGGUGAAACAUAAACUGUGCCAGUAAUAUAAAGAAGGGUAAAAUUAACUAUUAUUUAUUUGAAUUUGUAAUGUUAUGUAUUUAUUGAUUGGAAUUUCGAGUAGUUUUAAUCUUAUUGUACUAUGAAUAUGACGAUA